AUGGACCGUCCACCACCAAUAAACCCCUUUUCCUCUACCAUCCCACCCUCAACCAUAACCCUCGCAACCCGCACGCACACCCAACCACCCUUCCAGAUCACCUCGCGCAAGCUGCCCAUCCUCAAAGCGGGUCCCAUCGAAGCCAUGUCCUCGCGCUUAGGCAUCCCCCUCCCCGAGAUGAUCUUCGGCGACAACCUCGUCUCCGUUACCCACCCUUCCUCGGGUUGGAGCAUCUCGUUUGGCGCCGAGGGCGCGCUCGACACGGUGGACAAGACGGGCGAGGGCGGCAUGCUGCGCGUUGCGUACGCACGCGAAUGGAGCUCGAGCCGCGAGAAGACGAGCGCGGGGAUCUCGGAGGUGGUGAGGCCGUUUGAUUGGAGCUAUAGCGCGGCGUACAAGGGGGAUGAGGUAAAGGCGGGCGAUGGGAGGGGGUUGGAAGAGAGGCAAGGCGGGGAAGGGGAGGGGAUACCCGUUGAGUUGCUGAAGAGGAGGGAUCCGAUAUUGUUUGCGGAUGAGGUGGUCUUGUACGAGAGUGAGUUGGAUGAUAACGGGAUUAGUGUGAUGAGUGUGAAGGUGAGGGUGAUGGAGCAGAGGAUGCUGCUGCUUUGUCGGCUGUUUAUGAGGUUGGAUGGGGUGGUGGUGCGGGUAAGGGAUACGAGGGUGUAUGUGGAUUUUACGAAGGAGAUGGUGGUUCGGGAGUAUGCCGCGAGAGAGGACAAGUUUGACAACGUCAAGAGGAAUCUCUACAUGAGCGGGAUGAUGCCCGACGCCAUAACAAUCGCCUUGAGAGAUUCCAACCAGGUUGCCAACCUACUUCCCGUUGUUGGGCACUCGCUAGAGAGCGUCUGCUUGGCAGGGAAGUCGUAG